UCUAAAAAAUAAAACUGAGCAGAAAUUAAAUUGAGAACGAUUUGUAGAGAGCCGUAACGCAGUUUUCAUUGCGUAAAAAUAAAACAAUUUGAGAGAUAAAGUAAAUAAAAUCUUACAAGCUUGUACAUUCGAAGCAGUAAAUAAUUUAAUUAAAACUCUUGAAAAACUCUUACUAAACAGUAUUUACAGUUUUGAUUAGUAAGCAUUUCAUGAAUGACACAUUUAUUGCAAUAUUGAAAUAUAAUGCGAGAGCAUGAAGGUAUCAGUCUUAUUACAUUUGAGUGAAGCUUCGCGAAGUGAUAGUAAAAAUUGGUUUUGCACAAAAGAUAAAUCACUGGUGCAUAAUUGCAGAUAUUUAACAGAGAAAAAACAUUUUGGCCAAAAUGUUUUUGAUAUUGAUAGUGGUAGCUCUUUUUACGUCACAUUCUUAUGCAGAAAAUAAUAUUAAAUCUACAAAUUCAACUAAACAGCCUAUUGGCUGUGUCUGUGGUGUAUUUUUAAGUGGACAAUUUACGAAAGGAAGCAAAGAACAACCCAAAGGAUUUCCUUUACUUGUCCAUGAAUAUCCUGAUCCACUUCCGUGUACUAUUGCUGGAAAUAAACUUUGCACGAGCAAAUGUGUUGAAGCAAUAGUGAAAUAUUUGCCACAAAGUCCGACAACUCUUUGUGCUUCUGCAGAUCGUGAUUUCCACAGAGAAAGGGCUUAUCUUUUCAUAAAAAAUUGCAAAGACGAAUGGAUAAAUACAAACCUUUCCGCGGGCAGAGAAUAUUGCUGUAAAGACGGUUCCUCAUAUAAGUGUUAGCGCAAUAUGAUAAAU